GACGCUUGUCUUCAUCGUACUCGCCGCUGCCGUCCAGGCGUCUUGUGCCACUUUGAAGUUUCCCAUGAGCCUCUGCGGACGCUCCUGCGAGUGAGCGAGGACAAAGUAUGGCGAGCGGCUACAUGGAGCAGCAGCAACUCCAUAACUUUGUGGUCCAGGAGGAGGGGCAAGAAGAGGAGAUGCCCGCCACUGAGAAAGACCUGGCCGAGGACGCUCCAUGGAAGAAGAUCCAGCAGAAUACGUUCACCAGGUGGUGCAAUGAGCACCUCAAAUGUCUCCACAAGCGCAUCAUGGACCUGCAAAAGGACCUGGGUGAUGGCCUCAAGCUGAUUGGACUUUUGGAGGUUCUGAGCCAGAAGAACAUGUACCGCAAGUACCACGGCAGACCCAACUUCCGCCAGAUGAAGCUGGAGAACGUGUCGGUGGCACUGGAGUUCCUGGAGCGUGAACACAUCCGCCUCGUUUCCAUAGACUCCAAAGCCAUCGUGGACGGGAAUCUAAAGCUGAUCCUGGGUCUUAUCUGGACCCUGAUCCUGCACUACUCCAUUUCCAUGCCCAUGUGGGAGGACGAGGACGAUGAGGAUGCCAAGAAGCUGACCCCCAAGCAGCGUCUUCUGGGCUGGAUCCAGAACAAGGUGCCGCAAAUGCCCAUUACCAACUUCCACCGGGACUGGAGGGAUGGCAAGGCCCUAGGAGCCCUGGUGGACAAUUGCGCCCCCGGUCUCUGUCCGGACUGGGAGACUUGGGAUCCAAGACAGCCGGUGGAAAAUGCCAGAGAGGCUAUGCAGCAGGCAGACGACUGGCUGGGCGUACCUCAGGUCAUCGCACCGGAGGAGAUUGUUGACCCCAAUGUGGAUGAGCACUCGGUUAUGACCUACCUGUCUCAGUUCCCCAAAGCGAAACUGAAACCUGGGGCCCCUUUGAGGGCAAAGACACUACAUCCAAAGAGAGCUAAAGCCUUUGGACCAGGCAUUGAACCUCGAGGGAAUGUGGUUCUGAAGCCAGCAGAGUUUCUGGUGGAGACAGUCGAGGCUGGACUGGGCGAGGUUCUUGUUUAUGUGGAGGACAUGGAGGGUCAUACAGAAGAGGCCCGAGUGAUCCCCAAUAAUGACAAGAACAGAACCUACUCUGUGUUCUACCUGCCCAAAGUGGAGGGUCUUCAUAAAGUAAAGGUCUUGUUUGCGGGCCAAGACAUUGACAGGAGUCCCUUCAUGGUCAAUGUCUCCAAAGCCAUGGGUGACCCAACCCGAGUUCAGGCUCAUGGUUUGGGACUGCAGCAUUUUGGAAACAUGGCCACCAAGCCCACCUACUUUGACAUCUACACAGCAGGUGCUGGCUCCGGAGACGUGGGCGUGGUCAUCGUGGAUUCAAACGGCCGGAGGGAUACAGUAGAGGUAGUCCUGGAGAACAAAGGCGACAGCGUCUUUCGAUGCACCUACGUUCCCGUCCUGGAGGGGCUGCACACGGUCUAUGUGACCUUUGCCAGCCAGCAGAUUCCCAGAAGCCCCUUUCCGGUCCACAUUGCAGAAGCCUGCAACCCACACGCCUGCAGGGCACACGGCCGAGGCUUACAGCCCAAAGGUUUGAGGGUAAAGGAAGUGGCGGAUUUUAAAGUUUACACAAAAGGAGGCGGCAGCGGCGAGCUUCAAGUUGCAGUGAAGGGGCCAAACAGCAUGGAGGAGCCGGUGAAGAUGGUCGAGGUGGAUGGUGGACUCUACAGUUGUAACUAUUACCCUAUCGUGACAGGAAAUUAUAUCAUCAUCAUUACCUGGGGGGGUCACAGCAUCCCACGCAGCCCGUUUGAUGUUCAUGUGAGCGAGGAGGCAGGGCCUCAGAAGGUGCGGGCCUGGGGUCCUGGUCUGGAGACAGGAAUGGUGGGAAAGAGUGCCGACUUUGUGGUGGAGGCAAUUGGGACAGAGGUGGGAACGUUGGGAUUCUCCAUUGAGGGUCCUUCUCAGGCCAAAAUUGAGUGUGAUGAUAAAGGAGACGGGUCAUGUGAUGUGAGGUACUGGCCCACGGAACCCGGCGACUACGCUGUUCACGUCAUAUGUGAUGAUGAGGAUGUGAAGGACAGCCCCUUUAUGGCGCACAUCCUGCCUGCCGCCACUGACCUUCACCCAGAGAAGGUGAGGUGUUACGGGCCAGGUCUCGACCCUGUAGGCUGCAUCGUCAACAAACCAGCCGAUUUCACCAUUGACGCCCGAGAGACUGGCAGAGGCGAGCUGAAGCUCUACGCUCAAGAUGCUGAAGGAUGCCCCAUUGAUGUGGAUAUGAGGGACAAUGGUGAUGAGACCUUCCUGUGUGUUUAUGUCCCCACAAAGCCUAUUAAGCACACCAUCAUUGUCACGUGGGAAGAGAUCAACAUCCCCAACAGCCCCUAUAGGGUGAGCAUCGGAGAGGGCAGCCAUCCGGAAAAUGUGAAGGUGUAUGGUCCUGGAGUGGAAAGAACUGGACUGAAGGCCAAUGAGCCGACCUACUUUACUGUGGAUUGCAGUGAGGCUGGACAGGGCGAUGUCAGUAUCGGUAUCAAGUGUGCGCCAGGCGUGGUCGGACCAGCUGAGGCCGACAUCGACUUUGACAUUAUUAAGAAUGACAACGACACAUUCACGGUGAAGUACACUCCCCCGGGGUCGGGUCAGUACACCAUCAUGGUGGUGUUCGCCGACCAGGAAAUUCCAAUCAGCCCCUUUAGGAUAAAAGUGGAUCCUUCUCACGAUGCUGCUAAAGUGAAAGCGGAAGGACCUGGACUCAACAAGUCGGGCGUGGAAGCGGGAAAGCCGACUCACUUCACCAUUUACACUAAAGGAGCAGGCAAAGCCCAACCACAAGUCCACUUUACCGGCGCCACAAAAGACGAUGCCGUACGCGACUUUGAGAUUAUCGACAACCAUAAUUACUCCUACACGGUCCGCUACACCUCAGCCCAACAGGGAAGUUUGUCCAUCACUGUGCUUCAUGGGGGUGAUCCCAUCCCGAAAAGUCCGUUUCACAUCAUAGUGGCUCCGCGUCUUGAUCUCAAGAAGAUCCAAGUUCACGGUCUUGCCAACAAGGUGGAUGUCGGAAAGGACCAGGAGUUCCACAUUAGCACUUUGGGCGCUGGUGGUCAAGGCCAACUAGAUGUGAAGAUAAUUUCUCCGUCUCAUCGACCAAUCCCGUGCAAGGUGGAGGCGGGUGCAGCCAAUGAGAUGCAUUCCGUGAGGUACAUUCCACCAGAGGAAGGACCUUACACUGUGGAGAUCAGCUAUGACGGGAACCCCAUCCCAGAAAGUCCGUUGGCAGUAGAGGGCAUCCUCCCCCCCGACCCCUCUAAGGUGCGAGCUUAUGGUCCAGGUCUUCAGGGUGGCGUAGUAGGAAUACUGGCACCUUUUGCUAUUGACACAAAGGGAGCUGGGACCGGUGGGUUAGGCCUGACAGUGGAAGGGCCCUGUGAGGCUAAAAUUGAAUGCCAGGACAACGGUGAUGGUUCAUGCUCCGUGUCUUACCUGCCCACUGAAUCUGGCGAGUACGCCAUCAACAUCCUAUUUGCGGACCAGCACAUCCCCGGAUCUCCUUUCAAGGCGUCAGUCCAGUCUGUGUUUGACCCGAGCAAGGUAACCGCUAGCGGGCCUGGACUGGAGCAUGGAAAAGUCAACGAGGCUGCAUCUUUUCUGGUGGACUGCUCCAAAGCUGGAGAAGCGGAGCUUACGAUCGAGAUUAUUUCUGAGUCGGGGUCCAAAGUUGAGGUUCAUGUGGAGAACAAUGGUGACGGAACCUACUCUAUCACCUAUAUCCCACAGUUCCACGGCAUGUAUACAAUCACUGUCAAGUAUGGAGGACAUCUAGUGCCACAGUUUCCCGCCAACCUGCAAGUGGAACCGGCUCUGGAUAUCAGCGGGGUUGACGUCUACGGACCUGGGGUGGAACCCAGAGGAGUGUUGAGGGAAGUCACCACACAUUUUAUCGUGGAUGCCAGAAGUGUUAAUAACAGCUCUGGUGGCCAUGUUAAAGUGGUCAUUUCAAAUCCAUCAGGCUCCAACACGGACACUUUCAUCACAGACAAGGCUGAUGGCACGUGUCGUGUGGAGUACAUGCCUUUUGAGGACGGGCUGCAUCUCAUCGAAGUUUCAUACAAUGAUGAUAUUGUUCCCAAGAGUCCGUUCAGGGUGUCCGUUAAUGAAGGUUGUGAUCCAAGUCGAGUGCGAGCCUACGGGCCAGGCCUGGAGGAAGGUCUGGUCAGUAAACCCAACCAGUUUACAGUGGAGACCAGGGGUGCUGGCACAGGUGGUCUUGGCCUUGCCAUCGAGGGCCCUUCUGAGGCAAAGAUGUCCUGUAAGGACAACAAAGAUGGCAGCUGUAGCGUGGAGUACAUUCCCUUUAGUCCUGGAGAAUAUGAUGUCAACGUCACCUUUGGAGGACUUCCAAUUCAAGGAAGUCCAUUUCGGGUCACAGUGCGAGAGCUGAUUGAUCCCACUAAGGUGAGGUGUUCUGGGCCUGGUCUUGGAAGUGGAGUUCGUGCUCACGUCUGUCAGACUUUCACAGUGGACAGCAGCAAAACUGGUGUAGCCCCUUUAGAAGUCCAGAUAUUUGGCCCUACAGGUUUCACUGAGCCUGUCAGUGUUAAAGACAACGGUGGUGGGUAUUACACGGUCAACUACACCCCUGCCAUUGAGGGCCCGUACACAGUGAGUGUCAAGUAUGCCAAGCAGGAAGUCCCUCGAAGUCCAUUCAAGAUCAAGACCCUGCCUGUUCAUGAUGCCAGCAAGGUCCGUGCCAAUGGUCCUGGGCUAAAUACAUCCGGUGUUCCCGCCAGUCUGCCGGUGGAGUUCACCAUCGACGCCAGAGAUGCUGGUGAAGGAUUGCUCACCGUUCAGAUUUUGGGUCCAGACGAGUGCGGGCGCCAGGCCUCAGUGUUUGUGCAGGACUGGGCCACCCGGGUUUGGGAGUCUCAUAUAGUCAAGAAAACCAUCCCGUUCUCCAUUCUUAAGAGAGGCCGCGAUCCUGAGGGGAAGCCCAAGAAGGCGAACAUCCGGGACAAUCGGGAUGGGACCUACACUGUGUCCUAUGUACCGGACAUGACUGGGCGUUACACCAUCACCAUCAAAUAUGGUGGUGACGAGAUCCCAUACUCGCCCUACCGCAUCCAUGCCAAUCCAACGGGGGACGCCAGCAAAUGUCUCGUGACAGUAUCCAUUGGGGGACAUGGAUCAGGAUCCGGUGUCGGUCCGGCCAUCCAGAUCGGAGAAGAAACCAUAAUUACUGUUGACGCAAAGGCUGCUGGGAAAGGCAAGGUUACCUGCAAGGUUUCGACCCCUGAUGGCGCCGAGCUUGACGUGGAUGUGGUGGAAAAUGCUGAUGGGACAUUCGAUAUUUAUUACACGGCGCCUGAGCCCGGGAAGUAUGUCAUCACCAUCCGCUUUGGAGGGGAGCACAUCCCCAACAGUCCCUUCCAUGUACUGGCGACAAACAACCCCAUGGUCCCCGUCAAUGGGAUGCAGGCCGUGCUGCGUCCAUUCAGUCUGGUCAUUCCUUUCACCGUGCAGACAGGAGAAAUCACAGGUGAAGUGCGAAUGCCUUCUGGGCGUGCAGCCUGUCCGCACAUCGCAGACAACAAGGAUGGCACCGUCACUGUUAGGUACUCGCCGACCGAACGUGGCUUGCAUGUGAUGGACAUUAAGUACGACGGCCAUCACAUCCCAGGAAGUCCACUACAGUUUUUUGUAGAUGCCAUAAAUAGCGUUCAUGUGACCGCAUACGGCCCCGGUUUGAGCCACGGUGUCGCUAAUGAACCGGCGACCUUUAUGAUCGCUACCAAGGACGCUGGAGAAGGCGGUUUGUCUCUGGCAGUGGAAGGACCGUCCAAAGCCGAGAUCAGCUGCAAAGACAACAAAAAUGGCACCUGCACCGUGUCCUACUUGCCCACGGCGGCUGGGGACUAUAACAUCAUCGUCAAGUUUGAUGACAAGCACAUCGCCGGCAGCCCUUUCACCGCCAAGAUAACCGGCGACGGCCCUAUCACUUCAUCUCAGCUCAACGUUGGUACGGAAACCGACGUCUGCUUGAAGAUCACCGAGACGGACUUGAGCAGUCUGACGGCGACUAUCCAAGCUCCAUCCGGAAGCGAGGAGGCGUGUAUCCUGAAGAGACUUCUUAACAGACAUAUUGGAAUCUCAUUCACGCCAAAGGAAGUGGGUGAGCAUGUUGUGAGCGUGAUGAAGGGCGGCAAACAUGUGACCAACAGCCCGUUUAAGAUCAUGGUGGCCCAGUCAGAGAUCGGUGACGCCAGCAAGGUAAAAGUGUUUGGACCGGGUCUGCUAGAGGGACGCACUUUUGAGGUUGCCCACUUCAUCGUCGACACCCGGACUGCCGGUUACGGCGGUCUGGGUCUGUCUAUCGAGGGUCCCAGCAAAGUGGACAUUAACUGCGAGGAUGUGGAGGACGGCACAUGUCGCGUUACCUACUGUCCCACUGAGCCAGGAAACUACAUCAUCAACAUCAAGUUUGCAGACCAGCACGUCCCAGGAAGUCCCUUCACUGUAAAAGUAUUUGGCGAGGGCAGGAUGAAGGAGAGCAUCACCAGGAAGCGCCAGGCACCCGCCAUUGCCAGCGUGGGAAGCACCUGUGACCUGAACCUCAAGAUCCCAGGAAACUGGUUUCAGAUGGUCUCAGCGCAGGAACGCGUCACUCGCACCUUCACACGCAGCAGCCACACAUACACACGCACUGAGCGAACGGAGAUCAGCAAAUCACGCGGCGGCGAGACCAAGCGGGAAGUGCGUGUGGAAGAGAGCACGCAGGUUGGAGAGCCGUUCAGAGAUGUCUUUGAAGACUUCCUAGAACGGGACAGUCUGAACAGCUUUGGUGGGAGGUCGCCAUCGCAGCAGGGGGAAACCGCCACCCAAGAAAUGACAGCACAGGUGACAAGUCCUGGUGGCAAGUGUGAGGACGCCGAGAUUAUCCGAGGCGAGGACAGCACGUACAGCGUGCGAUUCGUUCCCCAGGAGAUGGGAGCACACGUGGUCAAUGUCAAGUAUCGAGGACAACACGUCCCUGGUAGCCCCUUCCAGUUCACCGUAGGACCCCUGGGAGAGGGAGGGGCCCAUAAGGUGCGAGCAGGCGGCACAGGUCUGGAGCGAGGUGUUGCUGGCAUUCCGGCUGAGUUCAGCAUCUGGACGAGAGAGGCGGGGGCGGGUGGGCUGUCAAUCGCAGUGGAGGGGCCCAGCAAGGCUGAGAUCACCUUUGAGGACCGCAAGGAUGGUUCCUGUGGGGUCUCCUAUGUGGUCCAGGAGCCUGGUGAUUAUGAGGUCUCAAUAAAAUUCAACGAUGAGCACAUUCCAGACUCGCCCUUCAGUGUCCCUGUGGCCACCUUGUCUGACGACGCCCGCCGCCUUACCAUUACCAGCCUUCAGGAAGCUGGACUAAAGGUGAACCAGGAAGCAUGCUUCGCCGUACAACUAAAUGGAGCUCAAGGCCUGAUCGACGCCAAGAUCCAUGCACCUUCUGGGGCCACGGAGGACUGUUUCAUUACCCAAGUGGAUGGUGAUCAGCACGCUAUCAGGUUUAUCCCCAAAGAGAACGGUGUUCAUUCCAUCAAUGUCCGUUUCAACGGCAGCCACGUACCCGGAAGCCCUUUCAAGAUCCGAGUGGGAGAACCUAGUCAAGUGGGUGACCCCAGCAAAGUGUUGGCCUCUGGGCCGGGCCUUGAGGGUGGCACUACAGGCGUGGCCUCAGAGUUCAGUGUGAACACGUGUAAUGCUGGUUGUGGCGCUCUGUCGGUGACCAUUGACGGUCCAUCCAAAGUCCAAAUGAACUGUCAGGAUUGCAGUGACGGCUACCGGAUCUCUUAUACCCCACUGGCUCCUGGAAACUAUCUGAUUUCCAUCAAAUAUGGAGGAGCCCAGCACAUUGUCGGUAGCCCCUUCAAGGCCAAAGUCUCAGGUUCACGCCUGUCCGGGGGUACCAGUCUUCAUGAGACGUCAUCCGUUCUCGUAGAAACCGUAACCAAGUCGUCUGCGGCGGGAAGUGCCUUUGCCUCAUUGCCCAAAUUCUCCUCAGAUGCCAGUAAGGUAGUCUCCAUGGGCGCCGGCCUAUCCAAAGCCUUUGUGGGCCAGAAGAACUCGUUCACAGUGGACUGCUGCAAAGCGGGAACCAACAUGUUGAUGGUGGGCGUGCACGGGCCUAAGGCGCCCUGCGAGGAGGUCUAUGUCAAGCACGCGGGCCACAAGUUGUAUAAUGUUACAUACACGGUCAAAGAGGUGGGAAACUAUAUUCUUAUUGUAAAAUGGGGCGAUGACCACGUGCCCGGGAGUCCCUUUCACGUCACUGUGCCUUGAAGGCGGGGUCUUGCUGCGCCCCUCCCCAUUUCUUGCUUUUUUCUCCUCAAAAGCCUCUUGUGUCGUCGUUUGGUGUUUAGUACUUCUUACAGAACUUUCUGACGAGAUGAUGGAACUGUGAUUUUUCUAUCUUUUUUUCAGUAGACGAUUUGACAAAGAGGGAGUUAAACGUGUUUAUGCUCACUCAAAGAAAAAAUACUUGAUGACUCGAACCAAAAACAAGUCAUUUGACACGUUUGCGAGGUCCAAACGUGAUGCAUUUUUAAGAAAAAAAACCUUCUAAUAAUAAA